UUUUCCUUCCCAAUUUUCAUCCUCGAGUUAAAAACAGACUUCACAUCCGGAAAUACUCUCAUCCACCAUCAACCAUGUCGGGUUUCAUCCACAAGGCUGAAGACGCUCUUCAUCUUCACCACCACAAGGAUAAGACCGAGCACAAGCACGAAGAAGCACAUGAGCAUCCUCCCACCAUCGGUCGUGAAGGCCACGAGCACACCCACCGCUCUCACCCCCCUCAGAACAAGCAUACGCACCCCCACCCCAACGAGGAGCAGAUCGCCCGGGACGAUUUCCGCGCUGACAGAGAAUAUGAUCGUGCGUUGAGGUCUCCGCACCAUGGGCCUGGAAUUGGGUUUGAGGCGUAGAGUGUGAUAUUAUCAAUGUUGUCAUGUUUAACUUUGAUUUUCUAAUGAUCAUAACGCCAUAAUCAUGAACUUAUUCGUUUC